AUGGGUGCAAAAUGCAUUUUUACUUGGUCGACAACAAAGGUGGACAAUUGGGUUUUGAAAUUGGGGCUUUUGUCGAAUGAUAAGUUCAUAGCGUCCACGAGUAGUGGUCUGUUGGCUGGUUACUCCUUGUCGAAAUUGGCUUCAACGUCUUUUAUUAGUGGAGAUGAGAUGGCCCAUGAGUCUAGUAUUAAUGAUAUGAAAGUUAUUAAUGAAAGUACAAUUGUUUCUUGUUCAACUGAUGGAGUUAAUAUUUGGGAUAUUAGAGCAGCAAAUAAGCUAGUUUCACUGAUGACAAAUUCGAAAAACUCGAAUUUCUUGUCUUUAGCGUACAAAGACGGUCUAUUAGCUGGCGGAACUGAAUUGAGUGGAACCGAUGCAGAAGUUCAUAUAUGGGAUAUCCGGAAUUCAAACAAUAGUAUUGUCAAAUCCUUUGUGGAUUCGCAUCUGGACGAUGUGACAGCCUUGGAGUUUCAUCCUACUUUGAAACAGUAUUUGAUGUCUGGUUCUACGGACGGAUAUGUCAAUAUAUAUGAUAUAAGUAAACCAGACGAAGACGAUGCAUUACAUCAAGUGAUAAAUUUUGGAUCGGUACAUUCUUGCCAUUUCUUAAGCGAGUCAAGAGUUUCGAUCUUGACUCAUAUAGAAACACUAAUGUUUCACGAUAUGAACAAUACAAAUUACGAGGACUCCGCAAGUGCAAAUUUUGUUGACCUUGGUGACCUACGCGUGAAAUGGCCAAACAAUAGCUAUGUUGUAGACUUGUAUCCAUCAGGAUAUAUAGCCUAUGGUAACAAUGAAUCGGAAAGCUUGUACAUCUUGCCUUUCAAUCCAAAGAAGGAACAGUUCAAGGAGUCAAAGAAAAUUGAAUUACUUGGUGCCCAUGGAAAAGAAAUUGUUAGAGACGUUUUAGCCAUUCCAAAUACAACUCAAUGUUUAACAUGUGGAGAGGAUGGAAAUAUCAAGUUAUGGGAAUUGCCUCAAAAAUUAAAACGUUACCAAUUUGAAAAAAGUAAAACGAGCACUUCAAAUUCUGCGCACAAAGACGAAGCAAGAGCGAUUAAAAAGGAUCACAGCAGCAAAAGUAGAAAGGAUAGAAGAUUCAAACCGUAUUAG